AUGUUGGCAUGGUACAGGCUAUGUAAGCUGCAUGACCUAUAUACUUGUCCCGAGCUUAACGAUGUCUUGCACUUACAAUGCAAGGGUAUUACCAAGCUGGAGAAUCUGGACGCUUAUACAGGAUUAAAGACCUUGUAUCUCGAACAAAAUGCGAUUUCGGAUAUCGAGAACUUGGACAAAUUGGUCAACCUACGGUGCUUGUACCUCGGAAAGAACAUGAUUUACAGUACCCUUGGGCUGCAAGCCCUCACCAAUUUGGAGACGCUGGACUUGGCAGAGAACGUGAUCUCAACAAUAAACGAUCUUUCGAAGCUUCCUUUAUUAAAAACGCUUAACAUCUCGGGGAACAGACUCCACACCGUCGACGACAUCCGCGACUUGGCUGCAUGCCCGCAACUUCAGUCCUUGGACAUGGCCUCCAACCGUCUAGAGGCACCGGAGGUAGUUGACUUCAUCUUGUCUAUGCCGCUGCUCUACCUCAGACUAAUGGGCAAUCCAGCAGUCAGCAAUUACAAGCACUACCGCAAGACUCUGCUGGCCCGCAUGCCCAGUCUGAACUACCUGGAUGACUCCCCGGUGUUCCCGAAGGACCGCCGCCUCGCAGUGGCAUUUGUGGAGGGAGGAGGAGUGGAGGCGGAGAGGGCCAUGAGGGAAACUAUUAGGUAG